UAAGAACAUCACCUUCUUCCCUAUUUCUGGUCUCUCCCUAAGUUAGUAUUGAUCUUGGCAACCUGUGCUCCAGCUGAAUGAUGGGAAGAAAUGAGUCCCAAAUAAUCCAAACAGGAAAUACUACAUUUACCGGCCAACCAGAGCUGCCCUCAAACGUGAAGCUGCUGAGAGUCCUUGUGCUGAUUGCCCGCCCCCUUUACUGCUUUGCAGGUUCUGGAUGCUAGUUUCUAGAAGAGGUGGUUAACAAAACAAUCAAUUCUCAAGUGAGCAUGGAUGAAUACCAAAACUUACUUGAGCCCUUCUCAUCUGGUCCUGCAACUGACCAAGCCCUAGCACAACUGAAGCAAUGUUUUCUCAGCCAGUCAAACGAAACUCUGAGCAAUGUUGGAGUGAUGAUGAACACAAUAUAUCAAAGUAGGUGGUGUGCUGAAGUUUUAACCUUCCACAUGACCUGAGGCACCGAGGACUACAGAGAAUGGUCAGAAACUAUGGAUUCAUAUGAACCACGAGUUUCCUUUCCUUUUUGUCUUUUGAUCUAUAAACUGCAAGACAAUUGUUGAAACCUUGAGUACAUUUUCAUUUCAGUAAA